GAGUUUCAACAGUUAUCGCAAGGUGGCUCUCGUACGUCAAACGCAUCGACCUCAUCCAACGGCGAGGUGACGGGUCAACUUAUGGAGAUCGGGAACGGAGAGGUCAGAAUAGGCCGGAUCACAUUCAACACUGAUCAGGUGCUUGGCAAGGGAUGUGAAGGCACUUUUGUUUAUAGAGGUACAUUCGACAAGCGUGCAGUAGCAGUGAAACGUUUGUUGCCGGAAUGCUUUACGUUCGCUGACCGCGAGGUGGCGCUGCUAAGAGAAUCCGAUGCGCACGCGCACGUCGUCCGCUAUUACUGCACAGAGAGGGAUAAACAGUUUAGGUACAUAGCAUUAGAGCUUUGUUCAGCGACGUUACAAGACUACGUUGAGAAGAAGCUAAACUUCGAGUGCGCUAUAGACGCGGUGGAAGUCCUUCGACAGGCGACUAUGGGCCUCUCGCACUUACAUUCUAUGGAUAUAGUUCAUAGAGACGUGAAACCUCACAACGUGCUGCUAUCAAUGCCGACGGGCGCUGGUGAAGUCCGGGCCAUGAUCUCGGACUUCGGUUUGUCCAAGAAGCUCAAUCUCGGGAGGAUGAGCUUCUCAAGACGUUCCGGAGUGACCGGCACCGAUGGAUGGAUCGCACCCGAAAUGGUUAAUGGGGAGAGAACUACGACGUCAGUAGAUAUAUUCUCUCUGGGCUGUGUAUUCUACUACGUGCUAUCGAAAGGGCAACAUCCGUUCGGUGACAUGCUACGGAGACAGGCGAACAUACUUACAGGAGAAUAUAACCUAGAACAACUUGACAAAAUAUUGCCUGACGAGGAGGUGCUGGUAACAAAGAUCCUGAUCCGCGCGAUGAUAUCGCCGCGGCCGGGCGCGCGGCCGCCGUGCGAGACUGUGCUCAAGUACCCCAUGUUCUGGGGCAAGCAGAGCAUACUCAACUUCCUACAGGACGUAAGUGACCAGGUGGAGAGCGGCGGCGGCGGGUCGGAGGCGGCGCUGGAGCGCGGCGCGCGGCGCGUGGUGCGCGGCGACUGGCGCGCGCGCGUGUGCGGCGCCGUGGCCGCCGACCUGCGCGCGCGCCGCACCUACCGCGGGGACCGCGCCGCGCAUCUGCUGCGCGCCAUACGGAACAAGAAACAUCACUACAGAGAAGUAGACAUCGAAGUCCGAGAAAGUCUCGGCAAGCCGGACGGGUUCGUGUCGUACUGGUUACGACGAUUCCCCCUCCUACUUCCACACGUGUGGCUGCAGAUGCAACCCUACAGACACGAGGACGUCCUCCAAGGGUACUACCCACACGCCUUCACGUUCCUACGAGAAGACGUACCGGAACUGAGCGACGACGGACCCAUCGACGACGAACCGCACGAAAUGUGCGACCCAGGUAACAACGAAUUAUUUAUCAAAAGUAGAGUGUUUGUCGACGAAAACCAUUCUCCAAUCAGAAAAGAAGGAUCCCCUAGAAAACGAAAUGAGUGGAGACACGACGAGAGGAUACGACAAGAUGACGUCAGACUCAGAGAUAGACAUUACUACAAGAAGAAAGAAAGAAAACGGGAAGAAAUCCCAGUAUGGACAUUACCGCCCCAGUGAAGUGUUUAUGCUUAUUGUAAGUGAAUUUUACUUGACCAG